UGUCACAGUCCAGUUCAGCGGAUUUGAGAGUGAGCAGCACGGCAUCAUCCAUUACGAGUGGUCGGUGGGGACGGAGCCGAGACUGGACGAUGUGCAGCCGUACACAGCAGCGGGGAUUGUGCUGUCGGACCAUACUGAUAAUCCUGGAGGAGGUCUCAGUAGCCACGGACAGGCCCAGUCCCUCCUACCCCUGAGCCCCGGUGUACAGUACUACGCCACAGUCCGAGCUAUCACAGGUGCCGGUAACGUGCUGGACUUCUCUACAGACGGGUUUACUGUGGACAUCAGCCCGCCGGUCAUACAGAUAGACAGCGUCGGUGUACAGAUCGGAAACAACUCCUUCGAGCUUGAUUGGGAGCGUUCUCAUUACCAGAAGUCAGUCGAUUCUAUCAGUGCAAACUGGCAUAUCAUGGAAUCAAAGGAUGCGGUGGCCUACUCGUGGUUCUGUUACGGAAGUUACCCCGGUGCCUGUGAUGUUUACCCAGUCACGAAUACAACAGACACGUCGGUACCUAACUCUCUGGUGAAACCUAUCAGAGACGGGGCAUCAAAUACCCUUACGGUGUCUGCAAUGAAUGUGGUUGGUCUUUGGGGACGUGCUAUCUCGGGCAGCUUGACUGUUGACGAGACGCCUCCUGUUGCCGGUGAGGUUUUCUGUCCCCAGUUUAUACAAGACUCCAGUGAGCUGUCCUGUCACUGGCACGGGUUCUACGAUACGGAAAGCACCAUCCAGUACUACAUGUUUGGUGUUGGGGAAGCUGAGGGAGAUGACUCCAUCUUUAACUUCACACGGAUCCCCAGUCAUGAAACUCACUAUAGUCCUAGGGGUAUAACAGUCAUACAUGAUGCGAUCUACUACGUCACUGUUAUUGGCUACAAUGCUGUUGGGGACUUCCAGAAGGCCUAUUCUGGACCAAUCGUAAUAGACAAUACCCCGCCAAUAGCUGGUCAAGUUGUAGAACUGAGUCGAACUGAAGAGGUCAAUAGGACUAGCAAAGAAGGAGAACGCGUGGUUACCUGCACAUCCAGACAAGAAUGUGCUGCUCUUGAUGUGAAUUGUCAAAAAUCUCUUACUCAAGUUGCUGUGGCAUGGGAACCGUUUCCUGACCCCGAAAGUCCCAUCUCACGAUACGAAGUAGCGCUCGGUACAAGUGCCGGUGGAGGUCAGCUACGAGACUUUAUACCAGUGGAAACAGGACAGAAUUUCAUCGUUAUAUCAGGCCUGGACCUGACAGAUGUCCGACAGGUCUUUGCUACAGUACGUGGAACAAAUGCUGCGGGUCUAUUAACCGUCUCCACCUCAAACGGUGUUUACAUCAGCCGUGUGAGUUCCGGACUGCCGCCACUGGGGGACACUAGGGUUUGGGAUGGAGAAUAUCCAACUAAGGAUCUGGAUUAUCAAGACCACAAUGAGGAGUUGUCUGCCCACUGGGACUUCAGCGGAGACCCGUGUCCCAUCUCUAAGUACGAGUGGAGUAUCCUGAAGGUGGACGGUACCGUGAUGCAGCCUUUUACUGAAGUCCCUCCAGGUCAAACGUCUGGCAACAACGAUGAACUGCAGAUGCAUGACGGUGAAACGUUCUUCGUUGCUGUAAGAGCUACAAACGAGAUGAACUUCACGUACACAGUCAGGUCGGACGGCAUCACGGUCAUGCUGGAACCGCUCAUUCCUGGGGAGGUUCGCGAUGGAGGUAUUGUAGGAUAUGACCUCAACUUCCAACCAUCAAUCACGACACUGUCUGCGAACUGGGACAGUUUUGGCGAUAGAAGGCAGCAAGGAAAACUUGACGAUGACAAAGAACAGACCAUAGAGUACUAUGAAGUAGCCCUUGGGACUGACCGCCGCUUCCCGAGAACCAGGAACAACGUACAUCCGUAUGUCAAUGUGGGGCUGAACCAGACUCACACGUUUGAAUACUUACAGCUUAUACCCAAAGCUGCAACGUACUACAUCACUGUCAGAGCUCACAGCGCUUCAACUGCCGUAGCGGAGGUGACUUCUAACGGUAUACAAGUGGGGUAUGGUGGGCAGGUCUUAUCAGUCGGACACGUCAACGUCAACAGGUUCAUCCCUUCUACCGAUGAAAUUUCCUUUUCCUGGGAAGGGUUCGCUUUCGCCCUCCCAGUCUUAUACAGCCAGUGGGGAGUCGGAUCAUUGGAUGGGAAUUUAACACAGCUGGAUUGCAUAAAACUGAUUUAG